AGGAGAGGAUGAAGCUCCUGGGCUUGUUUCUCCUGUUCGAUCUCGUCCUGGCCAGUUUGGAAGGAGACUCGCUCAACGCGUUCAAGCAGGCGGUGAGCGAUCCCACUGGGAUGCUCGAGACCUGGGAUCCGACAUUGCUCAAUCCUUGCACCUGGCUCUAUGUUACCUGCAACCAAGACGACCUUGUCACUAGAGUGGACUUGGCACGAGGAGAUCUGUCCGGGAGGCUGGUUCCCGAGCUCGCCAAUCUGAAAAACUUGGAGCAUUUGGAGCUUUUCAACAACAGCCUUACUGGAUCCAUCCCUCCGGAGUUUGGAAACUUGAAGUCCCUGGUCAGCCUCGACUUGCAAUACAACCACCUGUCCGGAUCAAUCCCGAAAUCGAUCGGUAACAUGCGAAGUCUUGUUUUCCUCCGGCUCAACGACAACCAAUUAUCCGGUCAAAUCCCACAAGAGCUUACGACGUUGCCGAACCUGAAAGUCCUCGAUCUCUCUCAUAACAGCUUCACAGGGACUGUUCCUCGGGGAGGCUCGUUUCAGAAAUUCGGCCAAAAGAGCUUUGAAGGCAAUCCAGGACUUUGUGGACACGCAGUCAAAAGACCCUGUACUUGAACCUCAAGUCCAAACUGCAUCAAUCAAUCACCCACGAAAAGUCAGUCUUGGUAAUGACAAAGGCGUAGCAGCAGACUUAUGCAUACCGCUCUCAGCAAAACAGAGACCAUAGUUCACGUCCACAGAAUUAUGAUUUUCCAGAGAGUUGUAGAGGGAAUGAUCUUCCGGGGAUGCCAUGAGUUGUAAUCCUCGGACUCCGUUCUGGAAGUUUCCUCCAACAAUGAUCAUGCAAUCCAAAGUCACCGUUCAAAAUUC